AGAAAAGAACAAGAACAAAUUCGAUCUCAUGUCAUCAUCAGAAAUUUGCUGCCGCUGAAGAAGGAGUAAAAAGAAAAAUUCACUUUUAUUUUUCCAACAAAAGAUUCUUGGUGAAUCAGGAACUUUUUAUUAAACAAUUGAAAAUAAAAGGAGUCAUCAAACACUAAAGAAUGUUACGAGCGACCAGAAAUAUUGCCUACCGCGAUACCACCAAACGUGUGAAAUAUUUGUGCAGUAAGAUAGCGGUGUCAUGUCAUGCAACAAAUUAUUCCACCCUAAAUCAAAGAUUAGGUGGCAAUCAAUAUCAACAUCAGCAAAACAAAGGCAGUGGCAGCAACUAUCGUCACCAUCGGGGCAAUGAUUUCCUAGUACCUUUAGGACCUCGCGGUUGGACUAUACCACCAAAUCGCAGCUAUGGCAUGGUGGUAGUACGUAUUAUACGUGGAGCCCUUAAAUUACGUUAUUUAUUAUUGGGUGGUGCUAUCGGUGGUGGCAUGACUUUGAAUAAAAAAUACGAAGAUUGGAAAGAUGGUCUACCCGAUCUCAAAUGGCUAGAAGAAGCUUUGCCACAGGGCGAGAAGUGGAGUCAGUUUUCAAAAACUUUAAUAGAAGUUGGAGGUGCUGUUAAAGAUGUUAUUGAAAUUGAUCCCAGACUAAAACGACUUGGGGAGGAAAAAUUGGGCGAAUGGAGACAAUGGUUCGAUAGCCGUUUGGACGAUGCUAUAGAGGCAGCCGAUUAUCAAGGAACAAAUAUAAUUGAAUCUAAAGAUGAAAUUAAAUCCAAAACAACUGUAGCUGCCCUUACACUUUCUGGUGAUGAGAGUCGUAAAAAAUAUGAUACAUUACAAUCGCAAGUUGAGACUUUACAAACGGAAAUAAUGAAUGUUCAAAUCAAAUAUCAAAAGGAAUUGGAGAAAAUGGAAAAGGAAAAUCGUGAAUUGCGCCAACAGUACUUGCUAUUGAAACAAAAUAAAAAGACCACCACCAAGCGUAUUAAGAAAUCUCUCAUCGAUAUGUAUUCGGAAGUGUUGGAUGAACUAUCGGGUUAUGAUACCAGCUAUUCAAUGGCCGAUCACUUGCCACGCGUUGUCGUUGUUGGCGAUCAGAGUAGUGGUAAAACUUCGGUUUUAGAAUCCAUAGCUAAGGCUCGUAUUUUUCCACGCGGUAGUGGUGAAAUGAUGACACGAGCUCCAGUAAAAGUGACUUUAGCCGAAGGUCCCUAUCAUGUGGCCCAGUUUCGUGAUUCCGAUAGAGAGUAUGAUUUGAAUAAAGAAUCUGAUUUGGCUGAUUUAAGACGUGAAGUGGAAUUCCGCAUGAGAGCUUCCGUGCGUGGUGGUAAAACGGUUAGCAAUGAAGUUAUUUCGAUGUCUGUUAAAGGUCCUGGCUUGCAACGUAUGGUGUUGGUCGAUUUGCCUGGUAUUAUUUCGACAAUGACUGUUGACAUGGCCUCCGAUACCAAAGAUUCUAUACACCAAAUGACAAAACACUAUAUGAGUAAUCCUAAUGCCAUAAUUUUAUGCAUACAAGACGGCUCUGUGGAUGCCGAACGCAGUAAUGUUACUGAAUUGGUAAUGCAAUGUGAUCCCUUGGGACGUCGCACAAUUUUCGUACUCACAAAAGUGGAUUUAGCCGAAGAACUGGCAGAUCCUGACAGGAUUAGAAAAAUUCUAUCAGGCAAAUUAUUCCCCAUGAAAGCCUUAGGGUAUUAUGCUGUUGUAACCGGCAGAGGACGUAAAGAUGAUAGCAUAGAGGCCAUUAGACAAUAUGAGGAAAAUUUCUUUAAGAAUUCUAAAUUGUUCCAGCGUCGUGGUGUUAUCAUGCCUCAUCAAGUAACUAGCCGUAAUCUCAGUUUAGCCGUGUCCGAUCGUUUUUGGAAAAUGGUUAGAGAAACCAUUGAACAACAAGCGGAUGCUUUUAAAGCUACACGCUUCAAUUUAGAAACAGAAUGGAAAAAUAAUUUCCCCAGAUUGCGUGAAUCGGGUCGUGAUGAGCUGUUCGAUAAAGCCAAGGGCGAAAUAUUGGAUGAAGUUGUCACCCUCUCACAACUUUCCGCCAAGAAAUGGGAAGAAGCCUUAAAUGAGAAACUUUGGAAUAAACUUUCAAAUUAUGUAUUUGAAAACGUUUAUCUACCCGCUGCUCAGUCAGGUUCUCAAAAUUCCUUUAAUACAAUGGUCGACAUUAAAUUACGACAAUGGGCCGAACAAGCUUUACCAGCCAAGUCCGUAGAAGCGGGUUGGGAAACACUGCAAAAAGAAUUUAUCACUCUAAUGGAUAAGGCUAAGAAAUCUCCAGAUCAUGAUGAUAUAUUCGACAAUCUGAAAUCAGCAGUUGUCGAUGAGGCCAUCAGAAGACAUUCGUGGGAAGACAAAGCCAUCGAUAUGUUACGUGUCAUUCAAUUGAAUACUUUGGAAGAUCGUUUCGUGCACGACAAAUCUGAAUGGGAUCAGGCGGUUAAGUUCUUAGAAUGCUCAGUUAAAUCUAAAUUGGCCCUAACUGAUGAAACCUUAAGUGAAAUGUUUGGCCCUGGACAAUUUACACGUAUAACACAUUGGAAAUAUCUAACGGAGGAUCAAAAAAAACGCAGACACGUUAAGAAUGAAUUGGAUAAAAUAUUGAAAAAUGAUGAUAAACAUUUGCCCACAUUAACCUAUGAUGAAUUAACCACAGUACGUAAAAAUCUCCAAAGAGAAAGUGUAGAUGUUGAUACAGAUUAUAUUAGACAAACAUGGUUCCCAGUUUAUAGAAGACAUUUCCUUAAGCAAGCCUUACAAAGAGCUAAUGACUGCCGCAAGGCUUACUAUUUAUACAGCCAACAGGGAGCUGAAUGUGAGAUCAAUUGCAGUGAUGUGGUACUGUUUUGGCGCAUACAACAAGUGAUACGUGUGACAGCAAAUGCUUUGCGACAACAGGUUAUAAACCGUGAAGCUAGACGACUGGAUAGAGAAAUAAAAGAAGUGUUGGACGAAUUUAGCGAAGAUGAUGAAAAGAAGGCCCAUUUGCUAACGGGCAAGAGAGUAACAUUAGCAGAAGAAUUAAUUAAAGUGAGGCAAAUCCAAGAGAAACUUGAAGAGUUCAUUAAUAGUCUGAAUCAGGAAAAGUAAAAAAAAACA